UCAUUCUUGACUAAGUAUCAUUUCCUCUGGGCUGGAGCUAAAAUUUCUGACUCCAAAAUCUUCAUCCACAUCAUUAGAUUUUUAAACGGCAAAGCAGCAACACCUUCUGGAUGAUCACAGUUUGACAGAUCCAACGAUACGUUGAGAAGAUGAGGAUUUGUUUUCUCUUCUGUAUUUUCUGCCUGAUGUUUCCCAUGAGCCAAAGUCAGCAGAUGGGUCCCCCUGGUGGUAAUAGUGACAGAGGACCACCUGGACCACCUGGACCACCUGGACCACCUGGAGCACCUGGAGCACCAGGGGCCAUUGCACAAAGUGGACCACCUGGACCACCUGGAGUACCUGGAACACCUGGACCAUCUGGACCAGCUGGAGCACCUGGACGACUUGGAACUGUCAUAGUGUGUGGACGAGAGCUCUUUGAUUCUUUCAGACGGGAUGUUGAAGGACUGAUGAAGAUCACCGCUAAGCUGGACCUUGCUAUAACCUUUGACCUUGUGCGGAAGGUGGGUCAGAAAUACUUUGUGUCCAACAAGGAGAGAGGAUCUUUCCAGAAGGCUGCAGAUUUCUGCCAGCAACGAGGCUUGGAGCUGGCUCUGCCCCAGAGUGAGGAGGAGAACCACAUGCUGCUUCAGCUGAUGGGUCAAGAUGAGAAAAGAGCCUGGAUCAACAUCAACAUGAGAAAGGCAGAAGGGAACUUCCAGUCUGACAUGAAAAAUCGACCUCUGACCUUUACCAAAUGGGGAGAAAGCCAGCCGGAUGGAAGCAUUCAGGACAGCGGCUGCAGCAUGGCAGCUGAGGACGGCACCUGGAGAGUGACAGCAGACUGUUCUCUGGACGCUGACAUCAUCUGUCAGCUGUAGAAAGAUCAUCCACCAGGCAGCUUCCUGAGUAAUCUAGAUAUGACUUUAGCUAACCUUUGUAGAGCGGUGCUUCAGCCUUUUUACAACUUAAUCCAGAUUAGUGCAUUCAGACUGCUGUCAUCACUCAGUCUUGAUCUGUUUGUCCUGACGGAGUUUAUUCACCGUGGACUGGUUCCCACUUCAUCAGAAAACCAACUUAGAGACAACAGAAAAUGUAGAUUGGUUACCACAUUUUCUUACUUUACCUUUUCUUACGCUGUAUAAUAGCGUAAUAUUUUGUUUAUUUUUAUAUUGUUGAGUAUUAGUGAUUGUGUUGAUGGUGCCAUGUUUAAACAUCACAUUAUGCCGGACCACCAGGGGGCUCCAUUCACACCCAGGUAACAGGAUGUUUUGUUUUAAAAUUGUUUUUACCAAAAUAUGAUUUUUAGUGAUAACAAUAACUCUGCUGAUCUCAGUUGUACUUAAGUAAAAUAACUAUCCUUUUUUUAUGUGAAGAAAAACCCCUGCAAGGGCCUCAAUUGCAACUCAGCUCAGACUGUGAAUACUCAAGUGUAAGCCAUCUGGUAAAACGUAACAAAUAAAAUACUGAUGUGUCAAAA